AUUUCUGAUAUGAAUUACUUUUGUAAUUUUUUUUGUUUCAUUUGAUCCUUUUUAAUAAAAACGUUUAUUAUUGUGCAAGUUCUUAAAUGAAACUUAUCUCUAAACUUCUGACGUAAUUUUCAAACAGGUAAGUGCUGAGGUUGGCAUGAUCACAUGACGAUGAAUUGCGCAUGUUAUGUAACCUAAACGGAAAUUAAAACAAGCAAAGAGCAAACAAAACAACAGUAGGCCUAUCGGUCCCCGCCUUCAGAUCCAGGACUCCUCCCUCUGAACGCAAGGCUUUUAAUCAGCCGGUUCUCUGAGGUUCCUCACCUGUCCAGGUAUUAGGUUUCUGUCAGACUGAAGCUCAAACAGUCCUCACGAUGUUUUCCGCAGCUACCUGGACUUUGUUGGCUCUCUUUUUCACCUUGUUGUUGCUGUAUGGAAUCUGGCCAUAUAGGUUUUUUAAAAACCUUGGCAUAUCCGGACCAAGACCUCUGCCUUUUAUAGGAACAAUGCUGGGCAUAAGGAAGGGAGUCUUUGCCUUGGAUCGUGAGUGUCAGGCCAAGUAUGGGGAUGUGUGGGGUUUGUUUGAGGGACGAAGCCCGAUGUUGAUGAUUGCAGACCCCGAGCUCAUUAAAACUGUCUUGGUGAAGGAGUGCUACAGCGUGUUUACGAACCGCAGGAAUCUUUUUGGAUCGGGCGGGCCUUUGGACGAUUCCAUUACAGCAGUUAAAGAUGAAAGGUGGAAACGAAUUCGCAGCUCCGUAUCGCCAUGCUUCACCAGUGGGAGACUCAAACAGGUUUUCCCCUUAAUUUCUCGCUUCGCGGACCGACUUGUGGAAAAACUCGGCAAAAUGAAUUUGGAUGAAUCCGUAGAAGUCAAACAAUUUGUGGCACCAUUCAGUUUGGAUGCGGUGACCAGUGCUUCUUUCAGCGUGGAGAUAGACUCCAUAAAUAACGCCGAUGACCCUGUUAAUGCUCACGUGCAGAAGAUAAUGAAGAUCAACUUUUGGCCUUUUUUGUUACUGUUGGUAUUUCCUUUCGGUGAUCGUCUGCUGAAGCUCCUCAAAUUUGAAAUGCUUCCAAGACCCAGUGUGGACUUUUUCUACAACAUCAUCAAGAAUUUUAAAGACCAGCACCAGACAGAGGAAUCAACUCGAGGAGACUUCCUGCAGGUGCUGAUCCAGCACGAGAUCCCAGACGAUGACGUAAAGAACGAACAAGAGCAACCGAGUAAAGGUCUGACUGAACAUGAGAUCCUGUCCCAGGCCUUGAUAUUCAUCUUUGCUGGCUACGAGACGACCAGCGUGACCCUGUCUUUGAUCUUCUACUGUCUGGCCACGCACCCUGAUGUGAUGCAGAAUUUACAGAAAGAGAUUGACGAUAGCCUGCAGAAAGAUUCCAUUUCCUACAACGACCUGUAUAAUCUGCAGUACCUGGACCAGGUCAUUCUUGAGUCGAUGCGUUGGAUUUCCACCGCACCUCGGCUUGAGAGGAUUUGCAAAAAGACUGUGCAGAUAAAUGGGAUCACCAUCCCCGAGGGAACAUUAGUGGGGAUUCCAGUGCAUUUGUUACACAAGGACCCCCGCUUCUGGAGCUCACCUGAACUUUUCAAACCAGAGAGGUUCAGUAAAGACAACGAGGUGGAACUGAACCCGUACGCCUACAUGCCGUUCGGCCUCGGCCCCCGGAACUGCGUUGGGAUGCGCUACGCGAUCCUCGUCAUGAAGAUGGUCAUCGUGCGCCUCCUGCAGAGUUACACUUUGGAAACCUGCAAAGACACUUUGAUUCCGCUGGAGUUUAACUGGAAAUUUCAGCCGACCAAGCCUAUCAAACUGAAGUUUGUCCCAAGAAACUCAUAAUCUAAGAUUACAGUCUCCAACCUGAAUCAAACUGAUUUCUAUCAAAUUAUUUGCUGUUAAAACCUCUUUCUUUCUUUGAAUAUUAACCAGUUUAAACAAUGUUGGAUGUCUUGCAAUUGAUUCUUUACUCUGACUUUCCAGUUUGCUUAUCUGUGAGGGUAUAUCAUCUUUUGAUUAAAUCUAAAGCAAACUCCAAACAAGAUGUUAAAUGGAAAUCCAGUUAGCGCAGAUUAACACUCUUGUUUGCAGUGCAGCGGUAUACUUUAAUCUGUGCAGAAAGCAAACUCCAGAAAAACACCUGAAGAUCAUUUUAAAGCUGUUUUUUUUUUUUUUUUUUUUAGCCUGGAGCCGGUUCCACAGUAAAGCAGGAUUUAGGUUGACAAUUUAGGUGAUCAUAACCCUGAGUUCGAAACAGUUCCUCUUUUUACCAAAGAAUGACUUCAUUUUAUGUACUUCAACUUCAGAUGUUCUGCUAAAGAUCUAGUUUGUCUAUAUUUACCUGAAUGAUUGAGAGUUUAAUGAUGUUGGGAAUCAUUUGACACAUUUUAGGUGAAUGUGUUUAGGUGGUGUUCAAUAAAAAUAUUUUUUUAUUCUGUAAAAAUAAAACAUUUUUGUAUUUCUUAACAGUA